CUAGCUUUCACAUACAUGUUACAUUUCCUAUCCCAUCUAUCAACUACAGACGGCAAGAAGUUUGUUGACUGCUUGAAGGAUCAGAAUAUCAUGCCUGGCAUCAAGGUUGACAAGGGUUUGGUUCCAUUGCCUGGAUCCAACAAUGAAUCAUGGUGCCAAGGUCUUGAUGGUUUGGCUUCAAGGUGUGCUGAGUACUAUAAGCAGGGGGCGCGCUUCGCAAAGUGGAGGACUGUUGCUAGCAUCCCUUGUGGUCCAUCUUCAUUAGCAGUCAAGGAAGCAGCAUGGGGACUUGCUCGAUAUGCUGCUAUUGCUCAGGUAACAAAAUAAACUGCAACUGUGGAA